AUGCUUAGUCUGAAUCCAAUAAUACACCCAAACUAUCAAAACCAUCGAUUCAAAUUCGAAACUUUUCUACGAAACGAAUACAACUUUGGUUUGAACCCAGACAGGCCAAUAUGUCCCCUCUACAAUCCACACAAUCCCCAGACGUCAUGCCCACUAGGCUCAAAUUGCCCCAACAAACAUGUGUCCCAAAUGUAUUCCAAUAAAGUUGUAUGUAAACAUUGGUUACGUGGUUUAUGUAAAAAAGGUGAUCAUUGUGAAUUUCUCCAUGAAUAUAAUCUACGCAAGAUGCCUGAAUGUUUGUUCUAUUCCAAAAAUGGAUUUUGUACUCAAGGUAGUGAAUGUUUGUAUCAACACAUUGAUCCACAACUGAAGAUUCCUGAAUGUAUGAAUUAUAAUGCUGGAUUUUGUGCCGAGGGUCCCAAUUGUAAGAAUCGGCAUGUGAGAAGGACGGUAUGUCCGUAUUAUAUGGCAGGAUUUUGUCCAAAGGGACCAGAAUGUGAACACACCCAUCCCAAAUUUGACCAUCAUAAUUUGUAUUUGAGGAUAAAGCCAGAUCCAAUCAGAGUAACCCAAAAGGAAGCCCAUGAUGAGAGUAAUGACAAUGGAUAUGGUCAAAUUGAAGCUACGAGUAGUAAUGCAAUAGCUGUAUAG